GUAUGUUUAUCUCUCAACUUCACCAGCUUCUGUUGGUGUAGAAACGGCAUGUCAGAGACAGGCUCCAGUUCUCGAAACGCAGCUUUUCCGGUGGAUCCCACUGACCGCCUCCCGCUCUCCUCCUCAGAUCCGAGGCCAUCCCGGCCGCCCCGGACCGAUCCAAUUCGUCCAUCGACUGGCUGCCGGACUUCGCCGGAUACUCAUGGGUGGCAUACGGGUCCUCUUCUCUUCUCGUGAUUACUCACUUCCCUUCCCCUUUGUCUCAAGAAGAAACCUCAAUGGCCCCAUUUUCCGCCAAGUUUUCGAGCUAUCUGCUGAUCCUGUCACCGCUGUUUUUUGGUCUCUAGUCACGCCGUCCACCGGCGAGCUCGCAGCCUCCUCCGGAAACUCUAUCUUCGUAGUUUCUCAUGACUCCGCAAGCUCAAAUUGCAAAGAAUGCUGUACUUGAACAAUGUACAAAUGUUCAGGCAAUUGAAUGGACGGUAUCAGGGGAUGGGAUAGUUUCUGGUGGAAUCGAGGUUGUUUUGUGGAAAAGGAGGAGCAAAUCCUGGGAAAUAGCUUGGUAAUUCAAACCGGAACUGCCACAAAAUCUAGUUUCUGCUACCUGGUCUAUUGAAGGACCUUCAGCUACUGCAGCUUGUUGGAAGGAAUCACAAAUUGAAGAGUCUAGUGAGCUAAACAAAUGUGUUUUUGUUUGUUAUGGUGAUGGGAGCUCUGCAAAAGCCGUGCUGCGUCAUCCUCAACCCAUCUCAAUGGUUCAGUGGAGGCCAUCCUCAGGGAGACAAUCAUUUAGGGAUGCUAAACAUCUACCAAGGCACAUAUUACUUACAUGUUGCUUAGAUGGAAUUACGAGGUUAUGGUGUGAGAUAGAUGGUGGAAGAGUUAAAAAGGCUGGGAAGGAAAGAGCUACUGAUUGGAAAAGCAACAGGCGAUCUUUUUGUGUUGCUGCUGUAAUCGAGAUAAAUCAAGCCUUGAAUGGAUUCCUAGGAGCAGAUAUAUCUUUGACAUGGGCAAUAGAAAUUGGUGAUAUAAUUAAAAACAGUGAAGGAACUAAUCAAAUUUUCACUAUGCGAGGAUAUAAGCAUGACAUGGCUGUUAGAUGUGAAUGGUUAAUUGGGGUUGGUCCUGGAAUGUUGGUCACUUUCUGGGCUAUCCACUGUCUUGAUGACAUUUCGCCAAUGAGGUUUCCUCGAGUAACAUUGUGGAAGAGGCGAGAAAAGCCUGGAAGUUGGAUUGUCAAAUUUGAAAGGCCUCUUGCUUCUUAAGAAGGCUUUUAUAAUGAGGAAUUGCUUGUCUGGACCACCAACUUUAUGCUCUUUGCUCUAGUUAUUAGCAUGUAAAUCUCUGUCCUGGUCUUUGUUGUAUACAAAAAAAUCAAAUGAUGCUGUGGAUGCAUCUCUUAAUGAAUCUAGAGCAGAGAACUUCUUAUCACAUUCAGUAUGUGGUGUUUUAAAUAUGGAUGGUCAUACUGGAAAAAUUUUGCAAGUUUCUGUACAUCCUUAUGUUAGUGAAGUUCAAUUGCUGUUUCUUUGGAUGCUAGUGGGCUGCUGCUGUUUUGGUCAUUAUCUUCCAUCUCCAACAGUAUUCUUGGCCUUCCAGCAUUGAGUUCCACCUGGAAAAUUUGUGGAAAACUUGCAACUGAUGGUUCAUGUUCUAAAUAUACAAGCUUGAGUUGGGCACCUUCAGUAUUGCAUGAAGAUCGAGUUCUUUUUAUGGGACAUUCUGGUGGAAUCAACUGCUUUAUGGUAAAGAUUUCUAAAAGUGAAGAAAAUGAUGUAACAUGUCACUAUGUAUGCACUAUGCCUUUUACUGGUCAAGGUCCUUGUGAGGAUAGACCGGCUGAAAUCUAUUCAAUACCAUUGUCCCUGUCCUGUAAAGAAACAUUCACCUAUAAUAGAUUUAUGCUUUUGGGAAUUUGGAUCAGAGGAUUUCGGGCUCUAUGCUGGGAAAUCAACAUUCAUUCUUAUG